AUGGCCGCCUCAGCCGCCACACCCUAUCUGCUCCUGCUCGUCCUCAUCACCACGCUGGGCCCGCUGCAGUUCGGCUACCACCUGGCGGAACUGAAUGCGCCCCAGGCUGCACUCACCUGCAAUCAGCCGGAUGUGGGCGGUUUGCAGCGCCGCUCUGCCUCGCCCUUCGCUGGCCUGCCAUCCUGCAUCCCCAUGACUCCCUCCCAGUUCGGCUUUGUGUCCUCCAGCUACACCCUGGGUGGCCUGCUAGGUGCACUGCUCGCGGGCCCGUUUUCAACGAAGCAUGGUCGUCUACUCGCCCUGCGCGCCACCACCAUCUUCUUUGUUCUUGGCCCCAUCGCCGAGACUCUGGCUGCUAAUGUUCCGGUAUUCGUCGCUGGACGGUUCCUAUCGGGUGUGGGUGCCGGAGCAGCCAUUGUCGUCGGGCCUAUAUACAUCGCCGAGAUCGCUCCACCAAGUAGCAGAGGGUUUUUCGGCGCAUUUACGCAGGUCAUGACCAACGUGGGCAUACUGGGGACUCAGACUCUAGGCUAUUUCCUGAGUAAAGGGCAGCUUUGGCGCCUCAUCACGGCUAUAGCUGGCGCUCUGGGCCUUGCGGAACUCUGUGGCCUUCUAUUCGUUCCUGAGAGCCCGCUGUGGCUAGCGGAGCAUCAGCAGGUAGACCGUGCAAUGCAGGUUCUCCAGCGCAUUCGUGGCCAGGAUGCUGACAUCCACAACGAACUUAAGAGCUGGCAGAUCAGACCAUCGCCACAAAAUCCAAGCAACACCACAGAGGAACAAUCUCUUUUGGUUACCGUGCCACAGAGUGCCCCACCCAAACCCACUGAUGUCUCCAUCAUUGGUGUGAUUCUGGACCCUGGCUAUCGCAAGGCCAUAAUUGCCGUUGUCGCCGUAAUGGUCACACAACAAUUUACAGGCAUAAAUAGUAUUAUAAUGUAUAGCGUUUCCCUUCUUUCAACCAUUCUUCCAACUACUGCUUCCCUGCUCACUGUUAUUGUUUCGGCGGUUAAUCUCUUCACCACCCUUCUAUGCGCCCCCUUGUCUGAUACGUUCGGUCGCAAGAGAUGCCUCCUUCUCAGCAUUGCGGGAAUGGGCAUUUCGUCCGCCCUUCUGGCUGUUAGUAUUGCCUCUAAUUUCAAGGUUCUUUCUGCCCUUUCCACGCUGUGCUUUGUAGCGAGCUUUGCUGUAGGCCUUGGGCCUAUUCCUUUCAUUCUUGCGUCUGAACUCGUUGGCCCUGAGGCGGUUGGUGCCGCUCAGAGCUGGGCCCUCGCUACCAAUUGGACCGCUACAUUUAUAGUGGCACAGUUUUUUCCGGCUUUGAAUGCUGCCCUAGGUGGUGAAGGCGAGGUCUACUGGGUUUUUGCGGGAAUGGCUCUAGUUUUAGGGGGCUUCAUCUUGUGGUGGGUGCCAGAGACCAGAGGUAAGCAAAACAUGGGCGAGGUUUGGGGGCACGCGGAGAGAAGAAUGGAUUAA